GAAACCAACAAACGAACCGAAGUGAACAGAAUUGUGCAAAGUGUCGCAAAGUGUACGCAUCAAGGCAAAUGGAACAUCCCCAUUCCGCAUCUAAUCUACUUUUGUAACGACUACGAUGUGAGCCAAAUCCUGCUUCAAGAUACUCCUACGUCUGCCGAACGUCCUAUAACUCAAAUAACACUGAACACUCCUUCGGAGAAUCAUGCUCAAUACCGCCAAAGGCAACAACGAAACCAAUAUUCGGCCGCUGAAUCGACGCCAGGAUUUUUUGUUUCAGCAUCAGUGCGUGCUGACAGCGAUGAUAAUGAUGAUGUGGAUGAUGAUAAUGACGAUACCCUCGAAACUGUAGCGUCAGAGCAGGAAGAUGCUCGCAACAGGAACCUCGAGAAAACUCGCAAGAAACGUAUCAGUAAACUAAAGCUGGAAAUUUUGAAACUUAAACGAAAACAUGCCAUUACGAUGGCUCAUAAGAAGCAUCUACCCAACCUAUCCAGUCUCCCGCUACGUAAACGUCGUAUGCUGUGCAAGUAUCGCAAAUCGUGCUACUCGAGUGACCAGCAUCCACUGGAAACACUCUAUCGUACAACACUUCAGCAGCUAGCGACGCCUCGUGAAGUGUGUUUGGCCAUACAGCAAAACGCUCAUCACUAUGCUGCUGGGCAGCAACAUCAAGCACCAGCACCAUCACACAGCGGCGAACCACUUAAUGAUCUGGCGUUGAAGGUGUUUUGCAAGUAUCGAAAAUCGUGCUACGAACAAGUGCUGGGCGUUAGCUACGACGAGCGUGUCAAGAAGGCGGCGCAAAAAGCACGAAAAACUCAUCGGGUUUUGACCGCCAAGAACACGAUGAUGGCCUAUGGCACAAAGGUGCGCAAAAAGCGAACACUGAAGGAGAUCGCCGAAAUUGCGUUGAAGCAUGCUGACGAACGCGAGAAACGUGGCGCUCAACGGCCAAAACCAAAAAUGGCGAUAGUGGAGAAGAAACUGAACGAACUGGAAGAGAAGCGUAUCAAACAGUUGAAGUGCAAAUAUCGUAAAUCUUGCUACGAGACGGGAAUCGUUUCGAUUGUGCAACAACAACCGCAUUAUCACGGGCUCGUGUCCGAUCUGUACGAGUUCAUGAUCGAAUACAUUCCACUACCAUCGAUGCUAGCAACUAAUGAAACGACAGCUGCAGAAAAUGUCACCACAUCCGACAAAGAUGAAGAAUACAAGAAGAAACUCUUCUGUAAGUAUCGCAAAUCAUGUUACGCUACGAAGGUGAAACCACUGAUCGGCGCUGAGGAAAAGUUCAAUUAUUUGCAUAUGGUGGUGAAGCAAGAAGCCGAGAUACCGAUUCAGAUGAAGUGUCACUAUCGCAAAUCUUGCUAUGAGACCGGAAUUGUGCCAACGCUUCGCUGGUCAAAACCGAAGGAAGAGGACAAAACGGAAGUGAAAAUGCCAUGGAAAGAGAUGCCUCGAAGUGUGGCCGAACUGAAGGUUCGUUGUCACUACAGGAAGAGUUGUUAUCUACAGCACGCAGGUGAACAAACCUACUUGGAACAUAUGGAGAAAGCUGGUGAAAUUCCUGAACCGGAACAAUGGAUUGAAGUGGAGAAACAAAUCCAACAAGCAAAACUCCCAAUGAAUCAUGCACCGACUGAAGAUGACACUGUUAAACCGAAAGUUCAGCAAGAACCUAAAGAAUCGGAAGUGAAAAUCGAGGGCGGUGAGGAAGAGACAGUCAAGCCUAAGACUGUGUCAAAGAGACGAAAACAAAAAGCGCGAAAAGAACCGUCCACUGUCGACGAGGAGAAGCAGGAACCAUCAUCAGAAGUGAGCGACGAGGAAACAGAAGAAGCAAUUCCAACUGCUGCAAAACCGCACCGUAAAUACAGUAUAAUUGCAUCCGAGAACAAAACGCCUCCAGUUCACGGACAUCAUAAAUAUCAUCCACUAAGGCAUCACCUCGAGCAAAUCAAACUCCAACGAAAGCAUGCUCGAAUGAUGGCAAAACGUAAGCAUAUCAUUAUAACGCAGUUAACAGUUCCACAACAAAAACUUCUAUGCAAAUAUCGAAAAUCAUGCUACGAAACUGGCGUUUUGCCUCUACAAGUGGCACCUAAAGUGGAACGUGAACCAUGCGACGAAACUGAAACGAAAGAGUUGAGUGAAGCCGAAAUUAAGAUUCUCUGUAAAUAUCGCAAAUCGUGUUACGAUGAGAUUGGCGCACAGUAUGAGCAAGAACAAUAUGAAGCAUCCGCCAAAAAACAUCGUACGCUGUUGUCUGGACGUGGAAAGCUACACUUGGUGCAUGUACACAAGAAACGAAGCGUGAAAGAGAUCGCCGAAAUCGCGUUGGAACGUAUCGAUAAACGAAUCGAAAAAGUGGCACAGCUAUCGAAACCGAAGAUGGCUAUCGUUGAGAAGAAACUAAGCGAAGCGGAUCGUGAUAUGCGUCGUCGACUGGAAUGCAAAUAUCGCCGAUCAUGCUAUGAAACCGGUGAGAAGCCAAAAAUUGACUUCGGUGACAACUGGUUUAUGCGUAUGUAUCGUUUCAUCGUAAGACACGUACACACACCCGGUGAGGAGAGCAUAGCGAAUGUUAGUUUCGCACAACUCGACGACGAUCACAAGAAGCUGUACUGUAAGUAUCGUAAGACAUGCUAUGAGAGUGGCAUUAAACCGUUUAUUGAUCAUGAGGAACGCUUCACGUAUCGCUACGUGAUCCAUAAAGAAGAGGCGGCAAUCCCACUUGAAAUCAUGUGCCAUUAUCGUAAAUCUUGCUACGAGACCGGCAUUGUACCAGAUCUCAGAACUGCACCACAUUAUCUCAGUGAGAUCGAACAACCAGCAUCACCUCCCGUCAAGAAGUUAGUUGAAACCAUAUUACAACUUAAGGUACAUUGCAAGUACCGUAAGAGCUGUUACGUGAACAUAACAAAGGAAUAUCCGGAAAUUAAGCAUCUUCUACCAACUCCGCCACCUCCACCACCACCAAAGAAACGUGUCGUUAUACCCGCAUCUAAGCUGGCAAGCAAAAAGGCCGCCAAAGCUCCUCAGCUUGAACCUGAACCAACUUCAACUAAACCACCGAAAAUAGUCGCUGAGAUGGCCGAACAGGAAGAACUAGGAGGUGUUCCAGAGGAGAAGCAACUAGAAGAAAACGUAACAUCGGCAGAGGAGAAAUUGCCAGAAGUAGAAGAUGUUGCAGGAGAGAAGCAACUCGAAGAAAACAUAACAUUGGCGGAUGAGAAAAUGCCAGAAGAAGUAGCUGAGAAGGAAAUGCCUGCUACGAAAAAACGAGCCAAACCACAAAAACUCAAACCAACUGCCCCUAAACCAGAUGAACGUCUAGAGAAAAAACCAAAAAUAGCGGUUGAUAAAAAGAGAAAAGUGGCUGCUGAAGCCGAAGUACCACCAGAAUCAACGCCACCGCCUUCAAAAACAAUCAAAAAACAGAAACCGAUCGAGAAGAAAGAAAAAACGAAACCGGUCAAUGUCACAACAACCGAAAAAUUAAAGAAGGCAAAACCGGCCAAGAUGGAAACUAAAAAGGAAAAGGAAGUGGAAAAGAAACCGGAAGGAAAAGAGCAGAAGAAAGAGGAACCACAAAAACGAGUUAAAACAGAUGAAAAACCUGCUACACCUGCACCGAUCAAGGAGAUUAAGAAAGAGGAACCGAAAGCUAAAAAGGUCAAACCAGUGGAAAGUGUCACAACACAAGAACCAGUUGUUGUGCAAAUGGUCACCGACACCCAACAAGUCGAAGAAGAAAUUCAGAACGAGACAAAACCAGUGGAAGCAGUGCAGGAAAAACCAUUCGUAAAGAUUCCCGAAAACGUCACAAAGGUGAGAAGACCUUUCGAAAUCCGCAAAAAACCACAACUUUCAGUACCACACCGAGAAAUUCGCUACAUACCGCCACCACCGGAUGAAUCGGAGAUUGUCGAAAAGAAACCGACAAUUAAAGAAGUUCAUAUUGAAGGCGUGCUGGAUACUUUGGAAGAGAAGUUGCGCUGUAAAUAUCGCAAAUCAUGUUAUCACAAUCGUACACUACCGCAUCCAUUCGAGGGUUUCAAAAUCAAGCACAUCACCAAGAAAGAGGAACAACAUCAACCGUUGAAAUACCGUUGCAAAUUUCGUAAAUCUUGCUACGAAAGCGGUGUGCUACCCCCUAUCGGCGACACAUUCACCGUUCAGCAUCUAGUGGUGGUCAAGGAUGAACACAAACCAAUAGCGCUUCGAUGCAAAUAUCGUAAGUCUUGCUAUGAAACCGGUGAGGUGCCCAAAAUCGAUCAACAGUACCACAUUGUGACGGCGAUAAAGAAUCUUCUGAGUGAAUUCUACGCCGAAACAGAAGAGAUUCGUCGUGAGAUGAGUGAAGAGGAGCGAAAAUUGACUUGUAAAUAUCGUAAAUCAUGCUAUGCAACCGGAAAAUUGCCACAAAUCGAAGUGGAAACCAUUAAGACAAUUGCUGAUACGAUGAAAGAGAGUGAACUGUCGGUACAUUUACGAUGCAAAUAUCGUAAAUCUUGCUACGCAAACUACGGCAUCCCAGUGAAAGAUUCGAAACGAACACGUAAAGGAGCCGAAGCAGUCAUCGAACAACAGCCAACACCAACUUCCGGAAAAGAACAAGUGAAAGUUCGGGUGACAGGCGACGAACGUGCGAAACUUCUUGAAGGAGCCGGAACCGCCGAAGAACUUGCUGCGCUUGACGAGGAGGAGCAGCAACAACAACGUGGCAAAAAGUCGGCGAAGAAAGGCAAGAAGAGCGCCGAAAAAAUGAAACAACCUCCGGUGGACGAGAAAGAAGCCAAGUAUAUGCAAAUUGCCGUUCCACCAGUCGUGACAACUCGCGCAAAACCGUUGUCGGCCGCCAAAAAGCUCAAAUGCAAAUAUCGCCUGCCAUGCUACGACGGUGUACCACUUCAUAAGUUGAUCUAUCAGCCGCCACAGAAACCCGAACUUGCAAUCAAACAAUUCAAACGUGCAGAUGGCCGUCCAUGCACAAUCUAUCAUUUGUCGUGUCGUAGAAUGGCCGGUCUACCAAUCAAGGAGAGGGCACCAAUCGGUCCGAAUGGACGACGACUAUGCAGAAAGAAGCCCAAAGUUGAAAAAGCCACCCCAAUUUAG